GCGUUUCCCUCCCGUCUCGUCACACACCCUUGCACGCGCCCACCUCCGUCGCCGCGUCUAUAUCCGCUCUCUGUGUGCGCGUCGUUAACAAGAAAAAAUAAACCCAACUCGGCUUCUAAUCGAACGAGCGUGUCGAUCGUUCACCUCGUUAAAACGAUGAAAUCGGAUUAGCGACAACACGCGUCGACCCUCUCGAUACGGACGUACGGAGUGGAAGCCAAAGAAAGAUGUUGAAGUCUGUAUGUUCACGUCUAAGCUUACGUGAGACUACAAUUACCUGCGGACAAUGUGUCUGUGAAAAAAAAAAAAUAUUUCUCAGAAAUUUUACUCCAAAAAACUCUAUUUUGCGAUCAGAAUACGUCUGAGUCUCUAAUUAGAUCCCCGGUUUUUGGCGAACAUUUAAUAUUCAUCUGCGCAAUUUUAAAAAUAUCGAUACGGUUCUCUCAAAAACUCUCGAGUAAAGAAGGAGCAGCUGCAAGAAUUUUCGUGCUCGUAAAAAGGCAUCGUCGAUCUUGUUUCCUCAGAAUACGGUCUUCCUCGAACGCGCAGGACACCUUCUCGAGAACGCAUCGGCAUGUUUAUCGCGCCUGAUGGAAAUAAGACGGUCUUGCCAGCUGCCGCUCAUUUUCUCCGGACGUGCGCGCGACGUUUAUAAGAUUCACGUUAACGGAAGACUUCUUCUUUUCUGGCGCAGUCUCUUCCCGUUGGCAAGCGAAAGCAAAGACAUCCGAGAAGAUGCGAGGGCGGAGAUUGCUGGGCGGGCGCAUGAAUGCAACAAGUCCUGAAAUAUGCAGACGUACAUCGCGCUGUAUCUACACACCGGAACACAUCUCGCUGUCGCUCUCAAUGUAACCGGAAGACUGUCUCUUUUGUGUUCUCUCGCGCGAUUUCAUGCCCGUAUCUCGUCCGGGUGUGUUCCAGAAAAACUGGAAAGUACCGCGCGAGCUAGAAGAGGUGGAUUAUUGAAUUCCGAGACCGAGUUCUCUGUCGAACGUACGCAGACAGUUUUUCUGCGCAUAAAAGAAUGGCCAGAGUGCAAGUGGAAUUUUUUCAAUAAGAAGAUGACAAUAGACGGAACGCAACAAUGCGAACGAAACGUUUCUUGAAAAGAACGUCAAUGAUGCAAAUAACGCAGACAAAAUGGUUGUCGGAGAAGCAAAUAUAUACAAUAUAAUGGGAGGGAUGGAGAGUACGGGUGGUGUACGUCUCCAUAAUCACAAACGAAAGCUGAAACAAAGAUUUGACAUAAUAAAGAAACUAGGUCAGGGCACAUACGGUAAGGUACAAUUAGGAAUAAACAAGGAAACUGGCCAGGAGGUGGCGAUAAAAACAAUCAAAAAAUGUAAGAUAGAAACGGAAGCAGAUUUGAUCAGAAUACGGCGAGAAAUACAGAUAAUGUCGAGCGUUCAACACCCGAACAUAAUUCAUAUUUACGAGGUAUUCGAAAACAGAGAAAAGAUGGUGCUAGUGAUGGAAUACGCAGCGGGUGGUGAAUUGUACGAUUAUCUGAGUGAGCGCAAAGUUUUGAGCGAGCACGAGGCUCGUAGGAUAUUCCGACAAAUAGCUACCGCCGUUUUUUACUGCCAUAAACACAAAAUCUGCCACAGAGAUCUGAAACUCGAGAACAUUUUGUUAGACCAAGUUGGGAACGCCAAGAUAGCCGAUUUCGGUCUUUCGAAUGUGUUCGACGAACAGAGAUUGUUGAACACGUUCUGCGGCAGUCCGCUGUACGCGAGCCCUGAGAUCGUGAAAGGAACUCCUUAUCACGGACCGGAAGUGGACUGCUGGAGUCUAGGUGUUCUGCUAUACACACUAGUGUACGGUGCUAUGCCCUUCGACGGGUCUAACUUCAAACGGCUAGUCAAACAGAUCUCACAGUCUGAUUACUUUGAACCCAAAAAGCCAUCACCCGCUUCACCGCUCAUAAAGGAGAUGCUCACUGUAUGUCCUGGCAGACGUGCCGACAUCGAGAGAAUUUGCACUCAUUGGUGGGUGAACGAAGGCUACGAGCAGAAUUGUCUGGAUAUCGCCGAGGAUCUGGCAGCUCAAACUCCAGUGCGACUGGAUCUGCUGCUGUCGUUGGUGCCGCAAUCGGCCAGUGCUGAAAAGCUGUUGGUGGGCGAUCAGCAAGCGGGUGGAGAUGUUGCUAACAAUAUGUCUUCCGAGACGCUAGUACCUACCAGGUGCCAUUCUGUUGGUAGCUUGAUGGAGCUUGAUCAGAAUAGCUCCGAUAGAAGAAUAAGGGAAUUAUUAGAGGAGGAACCGAGAUCCUCCGCUGCCGGAGAUGCCAAGAGAAAGCUGGAGACAACACCGUCGAUGGACGAGACGGCCGCUGCGAACGUGAAGAGGAAAGAGAAAUCCAAGAAAAAAGAGAAAUCGGAUGAGAGAGAGACUAGAACGUACAGAUCUUCGUCAAGGCAUCAUUCAGCUCCGAUUCCAAACUCUAUAUCCGAGGAGGCGAUGGAAGUGGAUCCUGCAGUCACUGUUCCUGCAAGUAAGACUGUUGACUUUGAUAAAGUGGAAGGUGCGGCAGCUUGUUUGGAACUGAUCGAAGAAUCAAAAGAACGAUCACCAAGCAAGGAGAGGAGCAAAACUCCGUUGGUAAGUGACUAUAAAGAGCCAUAUGAACAAACAAAGUCCGUUGAGAAUGUUCAGCAGACUUACGAGGUCAAUCAAAAAGCUAGCAAUGAGGACGAUAAGUCUCAACAAAAAUAUGCCAAGUCUCCUAGCAAAAGUUUAUACGGAGACGCGAAUAUCGCUUCGGAAAACGCAAAUAAAAUAGCGAAUGAAACGUCUAGCAAGAAGCCGGACGUUCCAGAAUCAAAAGUGCCAAAUGAAAACGACACUAGUGUCAAACAUAAUAAAGCGUAUUUGCCGCAACAAGAUGCGCAAGAGUUAGAACCAACGGAGAGCGAUUUCAAAAAGCUCAAAGAGAAAGCACUCUCUUUGGACUAUGAACAGUCAAACGAGGUGGCGACUGCGCCCACCAAACCCGUCGAAAGACGGCGCUCGAAAAUAUUCGAGACCGCCGAGAAGUUCAAUCAGCUGGCGUCUAACACAGAAAAUGAAAAACCUAAAAAGAUAUUUAUUCCUGGCGUUAAUGUAGGAGGUGCGAAACGAGCUUUCGAGCGUAAGGCGAGUCUAUCAUCGAUACCUACACCACCCCCUGUGAAAGCAAACGCGUCUAAAGUUAUCAUUGAUGUACCAACGGACAAGAAGAGCGAGAAAGAUGAGCAGAAACAAACAGCGAAAAGUCAGGAAGCCGCGGAAGAGAAAUCGGAUAAACGAGACGAGGCGAAGAAACGCGCUGUUGAUAUCAUUACCGGCGCGAUUGGUAAGCCUCCGAUGCAAAAGAAGAUAAACGGUUCACCACCAAUAUCACCUCUAAGUCCUGAUUCUAAGAAACUCGGUCUGAAGAUACAAGUCGCGCCGAAUGACGUGCGAUCGGCCACAGUGUCAGUCUCCACGCCAACCGAGACGAAAUUCGCCUUCGAUACCAAACCUACGCCACCGGAAGCAACUAUUACAACCGACAUGACAAGUGCCGAAAAAGCGCAAUCGGAAGAAGAACCUAAGAACCUAUCUAGCAAAAUGGAAAUAACAUUGAAGAGCGCAACGUUGCCUAGACGAAAAACAAGCAAAGCCGAGAUUACAUUGUCCGGAGUCAAGUCGCCAGAGCCUGUGGCAUUUAAGUCUGAAGUAGAGGCUAAAAUCGAUGCUUUUCAACCACUGAAACUGCGCACCCAACGAUCCGAAGUGGCCUUCCCAGUUGCCGCUGCGGUGCCCCAUACAAAUAGAAGUUCGAGCUUAGAACCGGAAGGCAGAUCUAACGCCGCACAACCAAGAGAAAGAAUCAUACCUAUUCAAGUGGAGACUGGAUCUGAACCUAUGCAACACUCGUCUACUCCGCCACCGAAACCACCGAUGUCUCAGAAAUCGAUGUCUCAACGAUCAGGUUCUCUGUCCCGUCAGUCGACUGCCGAUUCAGACACUGAUAGCGCUCUCGGUUCUACCGUAGGACCGGAACCGAUUAGGAAGAGUCCCAGGGAAUACAUAAUUCCCAUUGCGGUGGAAGGCGGCGGUUAUGUUACUCCUAGAUCGGGUAGUCUAGAACCAGAAAGCAAAACCAGUACACCAACAAGUACAAAUCCGCCGAGGUCCCGAUUCGGCAGACCGAGGAGAAUGAGUUCUCUCUUAUCGGAUGCCAGCGAGGACGAAUCGCCAUUCUCAUCGUUACACGGUGACGAUUUAUUGCAAAGGCACAUGCAUCGAUUGAGGAGCUCGCGACCAUCUAGACAGCCGUCUGAGCACGCCGACAGUCUGUCGUCCGGCGAGGACGAUGAUGACGACGGUUUUGAAUUACUGACAGCUGAAAAUCUGUUCUCGACGUUACUCUCGAGAGUGCGAAGCCUGACACAGCGUCUCAACGUCGACGAUAAUCGUUCUGGCGGAUUUCCAAGCAGCAGACUAUUCGGCAGACUCGGUUCCCAGCCGUCGCAAGCGUUUUGGGGUCUCAAUAAGCCGCUGUCCAGCUACGAGAGCUAUGUCGAAACACGGACCAUGACUACGCGGCUCACCGAAUCGCAAUUUAAACAUUCUUUGAGCCGUGAUGCGGAUGUGUUUUCGAAGAGAGACUCCGCCAACACCUCUAAUCCCGGAACUCCAAACAGUCCUGGAACGCACAGUACACCUUCCCGGGACAGUGUCUUUGAAAUCGGAAGCAAUACAUUGCCAAGAGAUAAAGUAGAAGUGCACGAAGAAGAAGAAGACGUAAAAGCGGAAACGACGACGCAAAUCAGAAAGGAGGCGCAAGAAUCGUUGGAGCAGAAUUUCACUCCCAGCUUGGCGCGCAGAUUGAGCAGACAAUUUAUCGAGCAGACCCGACAAGCGGUGCCGCGCUCGCCGUCCAUGCCGCGUGACAACAGUCGAUAUUAUCAGUCGCCAACGAGAGAGAUGUUCAGUUUGAUGGGUACGAAUGAGAUCGCGAAACGAUCUUUCGAUCAGACCGAAUACAGAGGCAGAUCACUCGAUCGAGGUAUCAGAAGGACCAACAGUCUGUUGGAACCGUCCAGAUUGGACAGACUUGAGAGACAUUCUCCGCGAAGAAGCAUCAGUCUCUUCGAGGAUGACGACAACGACAAGCUGCUGCAGUCGUUGCCGAAACACAUAAUGACGCUCGGUCGGAAAUACAAGGAAUCGGGUAGACGAGACAAUUUCUACGGUUACAGAACGGACAAGAUCCAGGAAGAGCCCGGUGACGACGCGUACAUGUUCACCUGCAAGGAGGACAUCGAUAACAAUGCGGAAAACGGUUCUGUGUCGGAAAGUACGUCGUUAUCCGUGUGCAACUCGAACGCCAAUCUGAUUGAGACCACCACGUCGAGUGUAUCGGCCAGAUCCUGCGAGACGUCGCCAACCGAGUCCUCGUCAAAUGUGGGCGAUUACAGCAAGUCUGACAUCUCUAAGAGUUUUGAAAGCAGGCUGUUAGCGGCGGAGAACCUGAUUAAGGAGUCCAAGCUGAAAAAUUUUACCCGUUUCAAUCCGAAUCUUAGUUGUAAUUACAAAGACACGGACAAGUGCGACAAGGAAGCGUUGAUUACUUCCACGGACCAGUCAUCGGCCAACUCUGUUGCGUCCAAGAGACGCAGCUGCAUCCCGAGUCUCAGACUACGUUCGGUCUCAUUGACGAGGGAACCGAGCGUGAGCACAGAUCGCAGGAAAUCGUUCGCCAACACGCAGGAUGCGUUAACUGGCAACGCCAAUCAGGAGAGAUCGAUACUGAGCAAAUUCUUCAGAGGUGGUAGCAGCAACAAAGAAGUCGAUCCUAAGGACAGCAACAAGAGUCAGAAGCCGAAGCAGCAUCGCAUCUCGCGUUUCCUGCGACCGGAUUUCUUCGACACACCGCGGGAAGAGAGUCAGUAUGUGAAAGAGAAAGAGGCGCAGAAAGCCGCGGAGAACGAGCGGCGGAAGUCGCGAUUCAUGCGACGGAAGAGCGAGAACAAGGAUCGGAAGGAUGAGAAGAUCGAAGAAACGAAGGAGGAGAAGAUCUGCAAGGAGCAGAAGAACGAGAUAAACGCGUUGCAGAAGGACAAAUUGGACGUUGCUGUUACCUCUGAGAACAAAUCUUCCAAGAAUGAAGACAAGGAGAAGAUCGAACGACAGGGAUCGAAGAGCAGCUUUCUGCAUACGCUGGAGAAGAAGUUGGAAAGGUUGCGUUCGAACGACGAGACAACAAGCGACACAAAAGCAGUGACAAACGGCGGUAUUCCCGGCGAUCAGAAGGAACGCGGAUUUCGCGAGUGUUCCGCACCACCUGUCGAGUGUUCUGUAGAUUCAAAGCCGACCGAAGUGAAGCGAACGUUGAGCGUGGAAGACGUGACAAAGCUCGAAAAAGUUACUAAGAACGCACCGUCGAAGGGACGGGUAACGUCUGUGCUGGGUCUCUUCAAGACGAGCUCAGACGUGAAGCAAAACGCGAGCAAUAACAGCAGAUCGCAGAAUGUGAUCAUGAGCAAACUGAAGAGAAGUCCUCCCAAGAGCGUCAAACCGACCGAGUCGCUUUCGGAGGAAGACGCGACCGGGACGAGUAGAAUACCAACGAAAUCUGCCAGAACGGACGGCAAAUCAGCGAAGAAGAUAUCGGAGACUAAGAGAUCGCCGGAGAAGAGCGAGAGUAAAAAAUCGCCGCCUAAAGAGAAAUCGAAAGAAAAAGAAUCGGUUGUUAAAGAGAGAAAAUCUUUAACGGAGAAGCAACCGAGGGAACUUAAAAAACCGCCGGAGAGAGUCGCGCAAGCGGACUCGUCAUCAUCCGCGGAUAAAAUAAAACCGGCGAAAACCGAGUCGGCGACAAAAUUGUCGGACGAGUCGGAAUCUUCUUCGCAAAACGUUGUGGCGGACAAUAAACACGUGGAAUCUGUCAUUAACAGCGAAGAAAAAAAGCUAUUGAAAACCAAGAAGAACAUCAGUUCUCUGAGUAAGAACGAGUCGGUCACGAGAAUCGACAAAGGCGAGGAAAUCGAUAAGAAGAUCAAGAAACCGGUGAAGCCGAAGGAAGUUGCGGACAAAGACGAGGCCAACGGCGCUAAAAAGAAGAAGUUUGUGCGCGUAGUGAGGAAAGUCGUGAAGAAGACGUCUGACAGUUCCGAGAGCAAGUCCGAGGAAAAGGAGAAAUUGUCGAAACCGUUGGUGAAAAAGAAAAUUGUCACCGCGAAAAAGGAAAAGAGUCCCGAGAGCUCGAAUGUGUCCACCGCGCUCGAAUCCAUCACCAAAUCAUCGAAUGUUCAAGAAACGUCAUCCGCCAAGCCCGACAACGCUGAACGUAUCGCGCAAAAUACGGUAUCCAAAGCUGAUGUUGCGGGAAAUCAUGCUGCAUCGUUCACUUCCGAUGCCGAUAUAUCGUCUACGGAUCUCUCGCAAACGUGUGCUGUGCUUCAAAACGCCUCGAGCUCUUCUCAGAACUAUGCGAAUCACGUGAUUCAAAACGGUGCGGUAUCUUCAUCCGCUCAUUCCUCGGCUUCCGCGGCUCAGCAAAACGUUUCGAGCUCCAAUGUCAGACAGAUCAAACAAUCAGAGCAACAGCGACCGAACAGAGCGAAUCUCAAACUCGAUCUGACCAAAAUACCGCAACACACGUUCAGACACACCACUCCAAAGAGAGACUCGCCCAAAUCCGGCUCACCUCCCAAAGCGAAUCCCGCUAUGUCUGCUGGAUCACCUAAGACGGAUGUUCCUGUUGCGGAAAGCGGUUCUGAUAAAUUGAUGGAAUGUCUGUCAAAGAUGACGCAUCACGCCAACAUCACUGGCAACAAGAUAGUCAUUGACAAGCCGUUGCGAGCGAAGGACGUCGCCGAACUCAAACGAGAAGUCACCGAAUGCGCCACGAUCAUAGAGAAUCACAUAGAGUCGCGUAACGAUCGCGCUAUUCCGCAAAAUGUCGAGACGACCAACACACGCGAACCGAUAGAAGAUAAGAAGACGAAAGAGAUCAAAAUAGAUCCUCCCAAAGAGAUCAACGACGUAGAUAAAGUAGUUAAGGGACCGAUGGAGGAUUGCAACAGCGAGAUGUUCUCGCCGGAAGAGCCGGAAAGCUUCGAUUCCUGGUCGAUCUGUUCAGCCGAUCUGAAUCACAAUCGCAGCGAUCUCCAUUCGCCACAAUUGCACUCGCCGACGUCGCCCUCCUACUCCCUCUUCAUGCGCGGCGAUAGCUCGGAGUCAAUAAUAGACCGAAUACGAAGACGCAGUUUCUACUCGAGAUUUAACGAUCGAAAGAGACCGUCUUUGACGGCGCCGCCGCCGGGAGUGAGCGUAAGCACGACUCUGCCAAGAAGGUUCAGCUUCAACAGUCCUAGAGAGAGAGAACGCAACAGGUAUUACAACUAUGGGAUUUCCAGGACGAGGUCGGAUAAAAAUUACGGCUUGUACGGCGACGAGAUGUCUUGCAGAAAGUCGCCGGUCGAUCGUGAAAAGUAUGACACACUGAACGCGUUAUCGUACGAUCAUUACGGCACCAGCUUACCGUCUUCUUCGCACGACUCUCUCAGAAGGUACGUGCGAUCACCCACAUUGGAUCUCACUGCCUCUCGCGCCAAGUAUCACAGCACGGAUAUAAUCGCGGGCAACGAUCUCGCGAGCUCGUACAAGAGCAGAAGUACGUCAGCUAUCUUACCAAAGAAAUACGGCUCGACCGUAAGCGGUCUGCAGCCAAAAAGCGUCGAAUAUUACGAGGAAAUUCUGUCGCCGAGCAAUUCUGAUUAUCUGACGCCGCGCGACACCUGUCGAUCGCCGCUGCUGGACGAUUAUCUGAGCAAAUGCGAAAACGGAUAUCAUCACAAUGGUAACUUGGACCUGCCGCAGUACAGCAGUGACAAGCAGAGGUCCUACGUGGACAAGAUGAUGGAUAUAGAACUCGGCGAAGGAAGUAGCAGACUAUUUGACGAACAGAAAAGAAACCAACGAAAGCAACGUCUCGCAAGUGAAACGAGAGACGCAUCUUCAACAGCUGCGGAUAUUCUAUCGAAUCUAUCUGUUACCGAACAGAACUGAUUCUAAUUCAGACAGAAUAGUUUUCUAAACGAUAUUAUACCGAACGCGUCUUACUACUUGUAACGAUUUUAUAUAAAUGUAGAUUUAUUAUACAACAAUGACUCCAAUAUAAAAGUGUCUCGCGCUUCUUUUGUCAACGAUAUGAUGUAAUAGUCACGUUGACGAAAUAGUCGCGAUGGCAUUAAACGCGAAACAAGAGAGAGAUAGAACGUUGUUGAACAUUGCGAUUCUAAAUGAAAUAUGCACUCGAAGCUAUUGGAAAGUAUCGCGGAAUACGUUUUUUAAUAACAGAAAGUGAUUUGUAUCGAAUCGUCUUUUCUAAACACGGGAUAGAGAAAUAUAUAUUUUUGGCUCCAAUAUAUAUUUAUAGAAAUAUAAAUAUACAAUUCGGCAGCUAUCAUCGAAUUAUUAUCACGGACAGACGUUGCAAAGAGAAAUCUCGUAUUAUAAUAUAAUAACUAUGAUAUAAUAAUUUAUUUCGUUGGUCUAUAACUCGCGCGUUCGAAAGUGUCAACUGCUUUUUCAUCAAAUCUGAAUCUCGUGUGUAAAUCGUUUCUUUUCGUGACAAAUAUCUCCUUACCGCUGCUAUAAAUAUUUGCGAUAAAUUGCUUAUAAUCGCCAUUUGUGUUCACAGUGUGACAUGAACAAAAAUGAUUUUUUUUUUUUUUUUUUUUUUUUUUUUUUUUUUUUUUUUUUUUUCAUAGCUUUAAGUAAGUCCUUUAUAUUUUCGUUCGUUUGUGUUUAGCUCUGCGAAUAAGUUAUCACACAGGAAAUCAUUCACGGCGUUGUUUAUCAAAGUAACGAAUUCGUUCAUGUAACAAUCACUUCUCGAAGCAGCGUGAUGCUUUAGAGCGCAGAGACUUAGAAGAAGAAGAAGAAGAAGCGAGGCGCUUUAGUUCCUUAUACACGAAUAUUGCCUUAUAUAUUUAUGAGAAACAUUUUCGGUUGAUCGAUCGGAAAUCACGAGAAGAAAAAGAGAGCAACGAUGUUAUUAGAAAAAAAAAAAAAAAGGCCUGGAAAACCUUUGACUGAUCAGCCAUGGUCUUCCGCUUGUUAUGUAUGUGUUUUCUAUUGAUAUACAUAUUUUAAAAUAAAUCAUA